GGAUAUCAUUGCCUGUGCAUUUUCGUUUCGUGUAGCUGUGCAGUAGCGUACGAUGUUUCGGGAACGUGCUGUGAGGUGCAUCUUGACAACCGACACGGCUCGGCGACGAGCUUUCUAAAUUUACGCUGACAUUGUUGGCUAACUUCGCUAGCUGUUAGCAUUAUGUUGCCGUUGGAGAACAGUAGCAGUUUGUCGUUUUAGGAGACUCCAUUAGCCCCCUGGCAAGAGGCUGAGUUUUUCCUUUGAGCACGAAAGAGGUCUCAGUGAAGGCUGAAAGAUGGUCUGAUGGACCGCCGCUUCUUCCUGACCUUCCUCUUUUGCUCAGUGUCGUGGAUCUUCUUCUGGGAAGUGCGCUGGAAGAAAGGGAAAGAAAGUCAAAUUGAGGAAUGGCUCCAAGGACAUAGCCUCUCUCAGUACAGGCAUUUAUUUGAAGAUGUACAGACACUGGAGGAGCUGAGCCUGAGUGUACUAAGUCGUCUGGAAGAGGUGGUAAAGGAACAGCAGCGCUGGAGGGAGAUUGCAGAGGCCCACAUCCAGCUGCUCCGAGACUUUGCCUUCCAGGAGUGGCUCUGUUCCCAGAACCUGGAGCACUAUUACCAAACGCUGAAGACGUUGGGUUGUUUGAAUCUGGAUGACUUGUCUCGGUUUGACAGUCAGCUGCAGCUGUCUCUAGCUGCCUGGGGCUACUACUACGAAGACUACAUCAAGUUGUCCACAGGCAUCAAGAUCCUGCAAGCGUCCAGAGGGAGUCGGGACCAGGACUACGAGAUCCGGCUGGUGCACAGUCUUGCUGAGAGACGUCUGAAUGAGAAGUGGUCACUUGCUGGAGCUCUUGUAUUUGGCUGUACUGUGGCACUGUGCUUCUUGAUAAGGGACCUCAUGUUUUACGUUAUUGGUGGAAUUACUGUUUCCAUCAUAGCGUUUGUCUUUACCAUCAAGUUCCUCUGUGAGCUCGCAGCGAGAGUUGUCAGCUUCCUGCAAAAUGAGGAUCCAGGGCGACGCGGUGACCGCAGCAUCUACGACUAUGUCCGGGGAAACUACCUGGACCCACGCUCCUGCAAGGUGUCCUGGGAUUGGAAGGAGCCGCAGGAAGUGGGGCAGACUAUGAGCUUCAGAGUUCAGCUGUUCUACAAGAAUGGUCAGCCUUUCCCCGCCCAUCGGCCCGUAGGACUGCGGGUCAACAUCACCCACAUUGAACUGGCUCUGGACAUACCUGUUACACAGGAGGUCUUGCAAGAACCAGAGUCCAAUGUUGUCAAAGUGGCCUUCACAGUGCGCAAGGCUGGGCGCUAUGAGGUCGCUGUCAAGUUAGGCGGCCUCAAUGUGGCCUACAGCCCGUAUUAUAAGAUAUUUCAGCCAGGUACAGUUGUUCCAUCUAAAACCAAAAUAGCCUACCAUUUCUCCACGCUGGUGUUAACAAACUGCCAGCAGCACACUCUGCAGAUUGAGCCCAGGGACGAAUAUGGAAACCCCACCAGUAACUCAACCUCUCUCACAGAUGAAACCAACUACAGCGUCCAUGUGCAUUCACUGGGCACAGUGGAUGAUGACAGUAUGGAGGAAUACUACAGCAAAUCAGUCACACUCAACAAGCAGCAGUGCCAGGUUCUGCUGAGACUGACCCUGAGGAAGACGGGAUGUUUCAGGGCCCGCAUCUCCUACAAGGAUCAGCCGCUCAGCAAUGGGGAAUUUGACAUUAUUGUUCUCAGUGAGAAUGAGAAAGCCUGCGUGGAGAAGAAUGUGUCCACUCCAGGCAUAAGUAUCUACUUUGAGGCAUACCUUUACAGCAGUGGAAACUACAGCACUUCCUCGUGGCAGUUACCAGCCUCCUCUCUGCUGGCACCUCAGAGGAGGCCGUCCAUGGGAGAGGAGGAGGAUGAGCAUGAUUCUCCUGUGGAGGGACAACCCGAGAAGGUCAAGAAACCAAAAAAGGUCUACUGUUACAUAUCGCCAAAGCAAUUAUCCGUGAAGGAGUUCUACCUGAAAAUUAUUCCAUGGCGCCUUUUCACCUUUCGAGUAUGUCCAGGAACAAAGUUUACCUACUAUGGUCCUGACCCAGUACACAAGUAUCUAACUCUGGUGGUGGAUGAUGGGAUACAGCCUCCAGUGGAGCUCAGCUGUAAAGACAGAAACAUCAUGGCUGCCACCUUCAUUCGCUUUCUUCACAAGAACAUUGGUGGCUCUGAAACGUUCCAAGACAAGGUGAACUUCUUUCAACGUGAACUCAGGCACAUCCACUCCAAGAGACCUCGCACCAAGACCUGCCUAAAAAUAACCCGACACUCCAUUCUUGACUCAUCUCUGAAGGCCACAAGGAACUUCUCAGUGUCAGACUGGAGCAAGAACUUUGAGGUUGUGUUUCUGGACGAAGAGGCUUUGGACUGGGGAGGACCUCGCCGGGAGUGGUUUGAGCUGAUUUGUAAGACCCUCUUUGACACCUCCAACCAGCUCUUCACCCGCUUCAGUGACAACAACCAAGGCCUGGUGCAUCCAAACCCUGAGCGGCCAGCCCACCUGCGUCUAAAGAUGUAUGAGUUUGCAGGUCGUAUCGUAGGGAAGUGCCUGUAUGAGUCUGCUCUGGGUGGGGCCUACAAACAGCUGGUCCGAGCUCGCUUUACACGUUCCUUCUUGGCCCAGAUCAUUGGCCUCAGGAUGAACUACAAGUACUUUGAGACGGAUGACCAGGAGUUCUACAAAACUAAAGUGUGUUUCAUCCUAAACAAUGACGUGAGUGAAAUGGACCUGGUGUUCGCUGAGGAGAAGUACAGCAAGUCAGGACAGCUGGAGAAGGUGGUGGAGCUGAUAUCAGGGGGGGCUCAGAUCGCUGUUACCAAUGAAAACAAGAUGCAUUAUCUCAACCUGCUGGCGCAGUAUAGGCUGGCCAGCCAGGUGAGGGAUGAGGUGGAACACUUCCUGAAAGGUUUGAACGAGCUCGUUCCAGAAAACCUGCUGGCCAUAUUUGAUGAGAAUGAGCUAGAGCUGUUGAUGUGUGGCACUGGUGAUAUAAACGUGCAAGACUUUAAAGCCCAUGCUGUGAUUGUUGGAGGGUCCUGGCACUUCAGAGAGAAAGUGAUGAAGUGGUUCUGGGCUGUAGUGUCCAGCUUCACCCAGGAGGAGUUAGCUCGACUGCUGCAGUUUACCACCGGCUCCUCUCAGCUUCCUCCUGGGGGAUUCAACACUUUAUGCCCCUCAUUCCAGAUCAUCGCUGCCCCCACACACAGCACCCUUCCCACCGCACACACGUGUUUUAACCAGCUGUGCCUCCCUACCUACGACUCCUACGAGGAGCUUCACAAGAUGCUGAAGCUGGCCAUCAGUGAGGGCAGUGAAGGCUUCGGCAUGCUCUGACUCUCACAUCACUGGCAUCCCAAUUCCCUUUGUGCAGGAGAGCAGCACCGUCUGCUCCGCUGCACAAACUCCCUGCUUUUAUUGGUAUUUAACAGUAUGCUUCAUGGCAGAGACUCACACAGACUCUCAAUACACACUCUCAGGAUGAGAGGACGUUACUGGAAGGUGGUGCUGAACCAGGAACUCAAACGUAUGAACUCUAGUGCUUCUGUAUGUAAAUAUUAUAUCUUGCUUUUGUAAAAAAGGAAACCACAAACUACUGAAAAAGGAGAAGUUUGGGCUAGUUUUAUUUCUUAUUGCUAAAGUUUGAUUAGUUUUAUAUGUUUGAAAGAUGCUAAAGCAAAGGCCUUCAGUAUUACUGUAUAACUGCUUCUUUUGCAUUUUGCAAACUGCGGAACACUUAAGUGCAGCAGCGGCCUACACGCUAUGUAGGUGAUGCUCGCAUUUACAGCACUUUGGCCUUAAUCGAUCAGGGACUGAUGUGUGUAUGUAAAUAUAUAUGAUAUUACUCUUUUAUUUCAAUACUUGUACAUACUAGUGUGUAUUCAUAGGUUUUCAUUUGUUAUUUUGAUUUGAUGUUUAAGGAGAAGGGAUUUCUUUAUUACUGCACGUUUGGGUUGAGAGUUUAUAUAAUUUCUGACAUUUUUUCUGUGAGAAAUGAGUGGUUUUAAAAGAAGCCAAUUACCUUCUAUGGUUUAUAUGUUUUUAAAUUAUUAUGUCUUGGUAAAAAUGUUUGUGUUCAACCAUACAAUGGAAAUUAUUUUUGUUGGAGUUGAUUUUUUUUAUAACCUGCCUUAUUCAUACCCUUUGCCUCUGAUUGUAUCCAGAGAGGUGUGUAGUUGAGAGAAACAAACAAUAGGUAAUAGAUAUUCUGACAUUUUUACAAGGACAUGCAGGAGUCACUGUGGAUGCAAGUGUUGGUUUGAUGUUGAAGAGAGUGCAUAUAUAACAUGGAUUUGUCAUAUAUGCCUUAUGAUGAUUCCUCUGACAUUCACAGCCUUGUAUGGGUUUACCUCAGAACCUCCUAUGCCACCUUUGCAUUCCCAGAAACAGGUAUACAUGUUUGUAUGUGUGCUAACUUGUGCACAUAAGGAGUUGCCUCCUUCCAGUCCUGACUCUGCAACCUUUAGCCAUAUUCUGCACAUCCUCUGUCAACUAAAAAGCAUUAUAUUUGUGGAGAUUAUGUCCUGUUUUUUUCCCCUUUAUGUAAAUGUGAAUAUGUUUAUCUUUAAUGCUGUUAAUGGCUUGUUUCCUGUUCAAAGUUUGUAGCAAUUACUUUGCUGUUCCAUUGUUUACAUGUUCAUUUUGUUGUUGUGCGUGCUGUCAGUCAGCGUCUUCAGAGAGCAUUUGGGCAAAAUCCUGUUUGGACUGAAACAAAAAAGGAAAUGCUGACUGGUCAUUUUCUUCAUACUAUUUUAAUUUGAGUAUAGAAAUGUUCCCCUUUAAGAGCACUCUGGAUGCAAGUUCACUUCUAACAGUUAAAUGUUAGAGUCAGCCAUUAAGAGAUUUGAGCAACUAUGUCAGACUUUUUACUAUUUUCUGCAGGUUUGGGUUAAUACAUGGAGCCAGUCGUAUUCUGGGGAAUUUUCAAGUUUUGUGGAUGCUUUAGCUUUCCUGUUUCAGUGUUAUAAAAGGGUCCAUGGAUUUGUUUGUUUGGGUUGUGCAAUGUUGACCUUCUGUACUGAGGAGCAAAAUGAAAAUGUUUUAAGUGCUUCUGGUGUGUUUUCAGCACGGAUACCAAUGGCUGACUACAUAUUUAUUACAAGUAAAAUUAGUCUGAUUAUGUGUUAGAUGUUCCAUUAGAUGUAACCAUUAUAAACCAAUAUGAAGGAGGUAUGUCCUGUAUUUUUAUGUUCUUGUUCAGUGUUUUGUUUUAUUGCGCAUCUACUCUGUUUUAUGUUUGGGUUGUUUCUGGAUUAGAGAUGGCCUGAGUGAGGCUUUUAGCAAUGUAGAUAUUGUGAAAUAUUUGCCCAUGACUUUAUAGCUGGGAUACUUUUUCUUUCUUUUUUUAAUGGCAGCCUCUGCUGAUGAAUGUUUGAGAUUCUCUGCACUGCAGGCCCUUUGUUUAUGGGAAUAAAGAUGAUGGACUAUA